CAGACGCGGGCCGCGGGCGGCCGCGGCUGCGAUGGGCGAGGGCGGGCUGCCUCCGGCCUUCCAGCUGCUGUUGCGCGCCUGUGACCAGGGCGACACGGACACUGCGCGCCGGCUGCUGGAGCCGGGGCCGCCGGAGCCGGCCGAACGCGGCGCGGAGCCCGAGGCGGGCGCGGAGCCGGCGGGGCCCGAAGCGGCCGGGCCCGGGGCGGCGGCGCCCGGGGCGCCGGUGCCGGUGGACUGCUCGGACGAGGCGGGCAAUACGGCGCUGCAGUUCGCCGCGGCCGGGGGCCACGAGCCCCUCGUGCGCUUCCUGCUGCGGCGCGGCGCCUCGGUCAACAGCCGCAACCACUACGGCUGGAGCGCGCUCAUGCAGGCGGCCAGAUUUGGGCACGUGAGUGUGGCACACCUCCUUUUGGAUCACGGGGCUGAUGUCAAUGCCCAGAACCGGCUGGGGGCCAGCGUGCUCACCGUGGCAUCUCGGGGUGGCCACCUGGGUGUGGUGAAGCUGCUGCUGGAAGCUGGUGCCUUUGUGGACCAUCCCGGCCACUCCGGGGAGCAGCCGGGAAUGGGAGGUGGCAGGGAUGAGCUGCUGGACAUUACAGCCCUGAUGGCCGCCAUCCAGCACGGGCAUGAGGCUGUGGCGCGUCUGCUGAUGGAAUGGGGUGCGGAUCCCAACCAUGCAGCGCGGACUGUGGGCUGGAGCCCACUGAUGCUGGCAGCACUCACCGGGAGGCUUGGCAUGGCCCAGCAGCUGGUGGAGAAGGGAGCCAACCCCGACCACCUCAGCGUACUGGAGAAGACCGCCUUCGAGGUGGCACUUGACCGCAAGCACAGAGACCUUGCAGAUUUCCUGGACCCGAUGACCACAGUCAGGCCCAAAACAGAUGAAGAGAAAAGGCGACCAGAUAUUUUCCAUGCAUUGAAAAUGGGAAACUUCCAGCUGGUCAAGGAGAUUGCUGACGAAGACCCCAACCACGUGAACCUGGUCAAUGGGGACGGGGCGACCCCGCUGAUGCUGGCAGCCGUCACGGGGCAGCUGCAGCUGGUGCAGCUGCUGGUGGAGAGGCACGCGGACGUUGACAAGCAGGACAGCGUGCACGGCUGGACGGCCCUCAUGCAGGCCACCUACCACGGGAACAAGGAAAUUGUCAAAUAUCUGCUAAACCAAGGGGCUGAUGUCACUCUUCGGGCAAAAAACGGGUACACGGCCUUUGACCUAGUGAUGCUGCUGAAUGAUCCCGACACGGAACUUGUUCGACUGCUGGCAUCUGUCUGCAUGCAGGUGAAUAAGGACAGGGGCCGGCACAGCCGCCCGCCCCCGCUCGCCUCGAAGGUCAGACAGCCCCCCAGCCUCCCCGUGCUGCCUGACGACAAGGGUGGGCUCAAGUCCUGGUGGAACCGAAUGUCCAAUCGGUUCCGCAAGCUCAAGCUGAUGCAGACGCUGCCCCGCGGGCUGUCCAGCAACCAGCCCCUGCCUUUCUGUGAUGAGCCCGAACCAGCUCUGGACUCCACAAUGAGGGCAGCCCCCCAGGACAGGACAAGCCGCCUGGGGCUCCCUGAUGCAGCCCCUGUGACCAAAGACAGCGGUCCCGGGAGCACAAGAGGAGAAAAGGAGGAUGCAUUAUUGACCACCAUGCUGCGAAAUGGAGCCCCCUUCACCAGACUCCCGAGUGACAAGCUGAAGGCCGUCAUCCCCCCCUUCCUGCCCCCUUCCAGCUUUGAGCUGUGGAGCUCUGACCGGUCCCGGACGUGUCCCCACGGGAAGGCGGACCCCGCGAAGACUGUGCUGUCCCAGAGAGCCAGCAGGGGCCACCCUGGGGGCAGUGGGGGCACUGACACGACUCCCGUCCGGCCAGUUAAAUUUCCCAGUCUCUCCAGAAGCCCAGCCUCUCCUGCCAGUUCUGGAAACUUCAACCACUCGCCUCAUUCCUCAGGCGGCUCCAGCGGGGUCGGGGGCAUGAGCAGGCACGGCGGGGAGCUCCACAGCCGCUCAGGUGGCAGCGUGGAUAGCGUCUUGUCCCAGAUCGCUGCCCAGAGGAAGAAAGCAGCCGGCUUGUCAGAGCAGAAGCCCAGCCAGCGGUCCAGCCCUGUGGGGCCAGCACCGGGGUCCAGCCCGUCUGAGCGUCCGGUCUCUCCUGCGGGCACCGCCGUUCCCAGCAGCAAGCAGAAACUGGACACCAGCCAAAGGCCGGCCUCUGGAACCUCCUCGACCUCCAAAAGCACCUCCCCGACCCUCACGCCCUCCCCUUCACCCAAAGGGCACGCUGCGGAGUCCUCCGUGUCCUCCUCCUCGUCCCAAAGGCAGUCCAAGAGCAGCGGGGGCUCCAGCAGUGGCACCAUCACAGACGAGGAUUCUACUUGUAUUUUUGUCUUCACUGCGCUAAAGGUGUGGUUACGCGCUCUCACAUGGUUUUUGAAUAUAGAUGAACUGACUGGAAUCCUUAAGAAACUGUCACUUGAGAAAUACCAGCCUAUUUUUGAAGAACAGGAGUGUCUAGUUCGCCUUCAAGCCUGGAUUGAUCCUCUCCACCGAGUCAGCCCGGGACAUGGAAGUCGGGUCCAGCCCCUCAGUCCAGUUCACCGUCACCGGGAAAUCCUGGGGCCUGGGGCUGCUGCUACACUGCAAUCGAAUUUUGUAAUCUGAGUGCUGCUCUCUCUAGAAAUGUCUGUCCUGAAAACAUUUUAGUUGCACAGGACUGAGGAGCAGGCACAUAGGUUUAAAGUAGGCCAUAAGCGAAUCCUGAGGAAUCUGCCAGAAGCGUCCGGACCUGGGGCCUGCGGUGAUCUCAGAGUUCAUAUUAGCUUAAAAGCAUGAAAAUCCCAUUUUUAAAAACAACUGCUCUGCUGUCUGGCAGGGCUUCAAAACGUUAAGCACAGAGUUACGGUACGACCUGACAAAUCCACUCCUGGGUAUGUCCCCCAGGGAGACGAAGGCACAGGUCCCCAGAUGUCCGUGGCAGCCUUACAAUGGCCCGAAAGUGGAGACAACUCAAAUCUCCCAUCACCUGAGGACGGAUAAGGAAAAUGUGGUACCACUCUAGUGAAGCAUUUGACAACCGUAAAAAUGUUACAGGCCACAGCGUGGGGAGUUGAAAGCAUCAUGCUCAGUGAAAGAGACCACCCACUGCUGGGCGCGGUGGCGCUCGCCUGUGAUCCCAGUGGCCUGGGAGGCUGCGGCAGGAGGAUUGUGAGUUCAAAACCAGCCUCAGCAAUUUACCCAGGCCCUAAGCAACUCAGUGAGACCCUGUCUCUAAAUAAAAUAUAUAAAAAUAGGGCUGGGGGUAUGGCUCAGUGCUUAAGCACCCCUGGGUUCAAUCCCCAGUAACAAAACAAAACAAACAAACAAAAAAACAAAACAAAUGAACAAAACCGUCACCAAAGACCAUGUUUGGUGUGGUCCCAUUUAUGAAGUGCCCAGAGCAGGCCAACCUGCAGAGCAGAACAGUGGUUGCCAGGGGCUGGGGGGGGAUGCUUGGGGUCCAGGGUGACAGAAAUGAUCUACAGCUGACUAUGGCCAUAGCUGUGUCGCUAAAGGUCACUAAAUUAUAUUCUUUAAGUGGGUGAGUUACAUGAUGGGUGAAUUCUAUUUCAAUAAACUGUUGAAAAGUU